AUGGUUAGAACUCGACGAACUGUAGUUAAAAAGAAGACAGAAACUUUUGAUCUUUGGGAUAAAGGUAGGUUUUAUAUUAUACUAAGUUAUUUUUGGAAUUUUAGGUCAAUAUUUGAGGUUUUCUGAAAGGCUUUGGGCCCUUUUUCUUGUAAAAAUGUGGUUUAAGUUUUUACUAAUAAGUUCUGGACUAAUAUGAUUGUUUUAACUUCAAAUUUUAUAGACUUCACACCCAAAGAAGCCAAGAAACAUACAGAUGGAGUGAACCAUUACCUAAAAGAGACGAGAAAGGUUAAUUCUUCGAGGAACAGCAAAUAUGUGCCCAGUCUAUUGCCAGCGAUCACUGCGCCUUAUGCUGGAGCUUCAUACAAUCCAGAAGCAGAACAAUACAUGGUAAUUGAUCUGAUUCUGUAUUUUUAGUUUCAAUUUUUAGGAUUAUGCUCAAAUGAUAGCAAAAGAAGAGAAUGCAGAGAUAAGAAGCGAAAACUGGGUAAAGAACAAGAUGAAACUCAGAGAUGGAGACACAAUGGCCACAGUGGUAUGUUUGUCAUGGUUUUAUAUUGAUUUUUGAGUUUAGAAAGAGGUAAUCAAAGAAGAAGAACAAGGAUUCUUGAGUGACGACGAUGGUUUGACGGAUAUUGAGAUAAAAGAAGAAAUUGACGAUGAUGAAAAGCCAGUGAUUAGAAAGCUAAAGAACAAACCAAAGAACAUGAAACAAAGAAGGAAAGCGUUGGAGCGACGUCAAGAAGAGCUGGAAAGGUUGGCUAACAAGAAAACCAAGCAAAAUGAGGCGGAAUUGUUGAGGUAUGUUAAUAUUUUUGGUUUUUUAGGUGUUUAGGUGUAUUGAAUGUGUAAAGUUGACUUGAAUAGGUGCAGUAGGGUCUGAUUGAUGUAUUUAAAGGUAAAAAAUAAGAAUUGUAAACACAUUUGCGAGUUUACGACAAGUCAUGUUGCAGUAGGUAUUAACUGCCGUCUCAGCGUUAUUCUCAAUAAUUUAGCUUGCAAAGUCGUUUUAUAAAGAAGCUUGAUGAUUAUUUAAGUUUAUUUUUAAAAUGAAAUUACAGGAUUUUCAUAAAUUUUGAGUUUUACGAUCAAAAAAUGUUAUAGUAGGUAUCACAAAUACUUUUUUUCAAAAUAAACUUUUUUAGAAUAAAGUCGCAUAUUAAGAAGAUCAAUGAACAAUUGGAAGAGCAUAAGAAGAACGUUGUUGAUCGUCGAAGAAAGCGAGUUUUGGCCAGAUUAACGGGUAAAAAAACGCUUGGCCACGGAAAGUUCCAAGAUUUCAAAGAGCCGGUUUUGUUGCCUGAAGAGAUUACAGGAUCAUUGAGAGGAUUGAAGUCGACUGGGACCAGCAUUUUAGCAGGUAUGUAGUUUUUUUAACAUUUUUUUUAUUUACUGCACGGCGAGGUGUUUUUUAUAUGAUAUAAGUUCUAUAUAGUUAAGUUUACUGAUUUUUUUUGAUAUUGUAGUAUUUGCAAACAUUUUUUAAUAUAUUCACUUUUUUAGAAAGACUCCGCUCAAUGGAGAAGCGCAACAUUGUGGCAUGUAAAUCAGACAAGAAGAAUAAGGAGCUCAAGACCACAUUGAAGUACAAGGUCACAGACAAACGUGAGAUCAAGGAGUUUUUGGAAGCGGAAAUGGCCAAGUUACCUAAAGUUAUACAGCCAAAGAAACGGAAAUUCAACAAAAAGAAGAAGAAUCAGGUAAAAAAGGAUGAAUAA